GAUCUUGGACAUUAUGGCGACUGGCGAGAUUACGUUUACGUUCCAUCCACUUCCUCGUUUAGGGUAAAAUUUUUAAUAUAUUUUAGCAAAAAAAAAAAAAAAAAAAGAAAAGAAGGGAGUAUGACAUUACAGAAAAAAAAGAAGGGAGCAUGACAUUACAGGAGCUACUAGUCAGGGAAGAGUGCUUUGGUUCCGAAAGCUCGAAGGGACGCAUUUCCUGCUCCGUUAUUUUCUUCCAAUCUCGGUCUCCCUCUCACCACGGAAAGGAAAGUGAACGGGAAAAAAAAGAGGAAAAUAAGAAAAAAAGGGACCAGAGGAGAGGAGAGGAGAGGAGAGCAGAAGAGAAGAGAAGAGAAGAGAAGAGAAAAGAGAGGGAGAGGGAGAGGGAGAGGGACACAAUCGCUCUACGAACCCUCUAUUGGUUGGCGGUGUCUUCGAUGGAAUACUGAGAAAACCUGCAUUUUUUCCAUAGUGUAUUGUGAGUGUUUCAAGCUAUGAUCUUCCCAUAAGGUUGAGAAGAAGCUGAUCCUUUCAUGCCGUGAGUCCUUAAUCCGGGGAUUCAUUGGUCGAUUUGGCCGGAAAUUCACUUAGAAAAUGAACGGCGGUGAAGAAUCGGGAGUUGCUGCUCUGGCGGGUCCACCGCAGCCGCCGCUUGAGUGGAAAUUCUCUCAGGUUUUUGGGGAAAGGACAGCGGGGGAAGAAGUUCAGGAAGACAUCAUUUCAGCAAUUGAAUUUGACAAAACAGGGGACCACCUAGCUACUGGUGAUCGAGGCGGCCGGGUGGUUUUAUUUGAAAGGACUGAUACAAAAGAUCAUGGACAUCGAAGGGACCUGGAGCGAAUGGAUUAUCCAAUUAGUAGGCAUCCUGAGUUCCGUUACAAAACAGAGUUUCAAAGCCAUGAACCAGAAUUUGACUAUCUGAAAAGUUUGGAAAUAGAGGAGAAAAUUAACAAGAUAAGAUGGUGCCAAACUGCUAAUGGUGCUUUGUUUCUUCUAUCCACUAACGACAAGACAAUUAAGUUUUGGAAGGUCCAAGAAAAGAAGGUGAAAAAAAUUUGUGAUAUGAAUGUGGAUUCCUCAAGAGCUGCGGGAAAUGGUAGUAUUGCGGGUUCAAGCAUAUCAACCACCCAAAAACCGUAUCUUGCAAAUGGGGGAUGUCUGGAUAAGUCCUGCAGUUAUUUGAGCAAUAACUUCUCAUUCCCCCCUGGAGGCAUUCCGUCACUACAUUUACCCGUGGUAGUUGCUAGCAACGAGACAAGUCUUGUGGCUGGGUGUCGAAGAAUAUAUGCUCAUGCUCAUGACUAUCACAUCAAUUCUAUUUCAAAUAACAGUGACGGGGAGACAUUUAUAUCAGCUGAUGAUUUGCGAAUUAAUCUCUGGAACUUGGAAAUAAGCAAUCAAAGUUUCAAUAUUGUUGAUGUCAAGCCUGCAAAUAUGGAGGAUCUAACUGAGGUCAUAACAUCAGCUGAGUUCCACCCAACUCAUUGUAACAUGUUAGCAUAUAGUAGCUCAAAGGGUUCAGUCCGUCUUAUUGAUUUGCGGCAAUCAGCUUUAUGUGAUACUCAUUCCAAAUUGUUUGAAGAGCAAGAAGCACCUGGUUCAAGAUCUUUUUUCACGGAAAUUAUUGCCUCAAUUUCAGAUAUUAAAUUUGGAAAGGAUGGAAGACAUAUUCUUAGUCGUGAUUAUAUGACCCUAAAGCUAUGGGACAUAAACAUGGAUUCUGGUCCAGUUGCAACUUUCCAGGUUCAUGAAUAUUUAAGACCCAAGCUAUGUGAUUUAUAUGAAAAUGAUUCGAUCUUUGACAAGUUUGAAUGUUGUCUGAGUGGCAAUGGAAUGCGAGUUGCCACUGGAUCCUACAGUAAUCUAUUUCGCGUGUUUGGUUGUGCUGCUGGCAGCACUGAGGCAACAACAUUAGAAGCCAGUAAAAACCCCAUGAGGAGACAAGUGCCAACCCCUUCGAGGCCUUCCAGAUCCCUGAACAGUCUAACACGUGCCGUCAGACGAGGGGCAGAUAGUCCAGGAGUUGAUACUAACGGAAAUACUUUUGAUUUCACGACAAAAUUACUCCAUCUAGCUUGGCACCCAUCUGAAAACUCACUUGCCUGUGCCGCUGCAAACAGCCUGUACAUGUAUUAUGCAUAAAGAAGGUCCUAGAAGUAAUGUGGUGUUUGGCAAGUUUUUUUGUUUACUGUUGAAAGCCACCUUGACUCACCUCCCAACCAGUGAGAUGGAGGCUGCAUCAUCCCUUCAAUGCCUCAGCAUCCCUUGGCUUGUAGCAAGUAAUCUGAUAUUGGGGUCCAGAUGGGCUGUCUCAGAAAUCCAAGAGGAAGACCUGUCUUUUGUUCCCGGGUGGGCAGUUCCUAUCUGAUUUUUUCUUUCCUAGAAGAAAAGAUGCAGUUUCUGUUCUUAUUGUGUUGGGUUUAGGUCAAAGAAAAUGUGAUUGUAGCUCUUCUACAACCAAAACAGAGGCUGUUCAAUUCUGCAGCUAGAUUUGAGGUCAAUGGGAUCUUAAUUCGAAUUGGAGGCGAAGAGGCUGAUCUGUUGCGUCGAUCUUGUGGGCACCAAGGGCAUGGGGCUUGUAUUAUUGGACCUACAUUUUGAGGGCUUGUGAAAUUUAAUUUAGUCAUGAUUAUUGUCAUAUCCCAAGCUAACCGUUCUUUCUUCUCUUUCAGAGUUGCCAGUCUGUUUGUUUGCAUGUCUAGUAGCUCUCAACUUAUGGUUCCCAUGGGUGUUGUGGAAACUGAAGUAACCAUGGGAAUCCUACUCUGCUCGGGUUUCUGUUAUUGUUCAAUUUACAAUUCGGUACUUGUAAAUUAUGGGGGUUGGUUUGAAUAAGCUUGGUUCAAACUGAAGUAACCAUGGAAA